AGUCCGUCUCUUCACCCUGCAGACGCAACCGCCUUUCACUGGCUGUACACUCCAUUGUGUUGUAGUUGCUUAUUUGUGUUGGGAUCUCUCUCCCUCUUGUCCUCCGUCCGUAAUGUCUUGCCCGACACGUUUGUGCUGUACAGCCUCUCGGUGCUCAACCGCGCGGUCUUGGUGGCGUUACCGGGCAGUUUUGCUUGUACUCGUGCACCUCUCUCUUCUCCUCACAUCCAGCGCAGUAGAUGCAGCCGCUGCUGCUGAUGCCGCGCGGUCGAAGGCACUGAAGCAGCCGAAAGAAGUGCUCACGCACGUCACCUUCGCCAGCUGCAAUCGGCAACACGACGACCAGUCCUACUGGAUGCACACCAUCGCCCCUGCGGUCAUGAAAGAGCGCGGGGGAACCGCCGCGCAUACCGACCUCCUGCUGUGGCUUGGCAACGCCGUGUACGCCGACGUUGGCGAGACGGGUGUGGCCAUGCGCAACGCCCGCACCCCCGCAGGAAUUGAAGAGGAGUACAAGGCGCUCACAGAAAACCCAUACUACCGUCAGUUUGUAGAAGAAGUGGUGGAGGCGGGCGGUGGGCGUGUGGUGGGCAUUUGGGAUGAUCGCGACUUGGGUCUGCGCUUCGCGGAUGCGAACUACACGCAAGCCGAGGCCGUCCGUCGCCUGUAUCUCACCCAGCUCUGGAAAGGUUAUCCGCUGUCCGUGAAGGACAAUGCGGGGGAGGGUGUACACGGCGCCCUGUACUCCUUCACCACCGUCCCUGCUCCGGCGAACAGCCCGCUCGCCACGCACUUCGUGAACAGCGUCUGCACCCUUACGCUGGAUGUACGGACGCAGCGGUCGGCGCAGGCGAAUUUAGUUCACGUUCUCCUGCGCGGUACGACCGAAGACGGUCUCCGCAUAUACGGUACGCGCGGGAAGCAAAUGGAUCGCCAGAUUGAAGAGCUACGCGCAGAGCACGCGAAGGUGAUGGAGGCGGACCUGCUGGGCACGGCGCAGUGGGCGUGGGUGGAGCGGGUUAUUUCGACCUAUCUGGCCGCAGAUACGCCGAGCCCUGGUGAUGCGGCUGGUCGUGCGCACUGCGCGGUGACCCUGAUCGCGUCUCCGUGGCAGAUCUUAUUGAACGACAACAAGCCCUUUGAGGGCUGGGACCUGUACCCGGCCUCCCGUAGUAAGCUGCUGCUCUUGCUGAAGAGGUACGAGGUGGCCCGGCUUAUCUUUCUCUCUGGGCAUGCAGAGACGGGCGAGAUGGGCGUCGUGCGCCGAGCGACGAAGGAAGAUGUCACAGUCGAGGGUCCCACCGCCUCGCUCUUCAAUUCGUUCCCCAUGGCGCCGCUAACGAAAGCUGCGGCGAGGCUGCUGCCGCCGCUGCCGUCGUACCUGGUGGAGCUCACCACCGGCGGGUUGACACACACGGUGCAGGAGGCGCCCUUCGCGGGGCGGCUGGCGAGUUGGUUCACGACCCCCAAAACGCCAGAGGACAAGCCGGAAAACGGAUUUGUGAAGCGGUACGUCUUCUUGACCCGCACCACCGCAGCACAGCGGAACUUUGGCACACUGCAGCUUGUCGGGGACGCCGCGGCGGCGCCGGGAAAGUCGUCGGAUACCGCAAAAUACGACGUUCUCCAUCACACACGUGUGAUUCUGACGCUGCACGGCGUGCAGGACGGCGCACUGCUCAUCACCUUCGACAAGUCCCUUGAUAAUCUUCCUUCCUACGCCGUCGAGCCACUUCUCGAUGAAUUCGAUGAGGAGGCGGAGGCGGCGACGAAGGCGCUGGACCUUCACGACGUCGCUCACCUGCCCGUCUUCAACACCUUCAACCUUCCAGGCGAGAUACCGUGGCUGAAGCGGCGUCUGGCGGAGCGGCAGUGUGCGGAGGUGCCGUGCGCCAACGGACAGCACUACAUGCUGCUGAAGGUGGUGGGCACAUUGACCUUAGCUUUUGUGAUGGUGUUGCUCGUCAUUGUUGCGGCGUACUAUUACCAGCAGCGUAAUCCCGAGAUAUUUGAACCGGAGACGCCAACGAAGCUGAAGCAGGACUAG